UUGCCAUACAGUAUUGCCAGACAUGGCGGCGGACCUACAACCCGAGUGGAUUUCUUGUCUCCCUUCUUCCUGGAGUUAUGGGGUUACUCGGGAUGGACGUGUCUUCUUCGUAAACGAAGAAGCCAAGAGUACAACCUGGUUGCAUCCAGUAAGUGGCGAAGCAGUAAUAACUGGGCACAGGAAAACUCCAGACCUACCGACUGGAUGGGAGGAAGGAUAUACUUUCGAAGGAGCGCGGUGCUUUAUCAAUCACAAUGAGCGGAAGGUGACCUGCAAACAUCCUGUCUCAGGCUUACCCUCUCAAGACAACUGCAUCUUUGUCGUCAACGAACACGUGAAUUGUGGAAAAUUGGUUCACCCAGCGUUUAGCAGAUCUGUUCCCAAAGCUCCAGCGAAUGACAAGAAGGAACGGCCACUGAGCACUAUGAGUGAGGCGUCCAACUACACAGGCAGCUCAGACUGCGCGGCACAGCCCAGUAGUCCAGCAGGAAGACCCUCAAGACCAUCCAAAAAAGUCCACAAUUUUGGGAAGAGAUCCAACUCUAUCAGGAGGAAUCCCGGUGCACCAGUAGUGAAGAGCAACUGGCUUUAUAAACAGGACAGUACAGGGAUGAAGCUGUGGAAGAAGAGGUGGUUUGUACUAUCUGACCUGUGCCUCUUCUACUACAGAGAUGAAAAAGAAGAGGGGAUACUUGGCAGCAUCCUCCUACCAAGCUUUCAUAUAUCCAUGUUAUCUGUGGAUGAUCACAUAAACAGAAAAUAUGCCUUCAAGGCAACACACCCCAACAUGCGGACAUACUACUUUUGCACAGAUACAGCCAAAGAGAUGGAGUCAUGGAUGAAAGUUAUGACGGAUGCUGCACUUGUGCACUCAGAGCCAGUCAAAAGGUUGGACAGGCUGAAAGUGGAACAGUGUGGGCCGCAGGAGGUCAACCAUGUAGCCAAUCACAAGCCGUCACUGACGCAGCCUGAAAUCCAGAACAACGAACGCAACCGUGAGACAGACCGAGAAUGUACCACUACAACCACCACCAAAACGGCAGAGGAGGAAAGGAAGCAGCAUGAUGCUGAGCGUUACGGCUUCCAGAAAGAUGGAGCAGAGCGUGAGCGUCCACUCACCAAAAUCAACAGCAUCAAACUACAGCCAGCCCAGGCUGCAGCUCUCACCGCCAACAUCAACUCACCACGGAAUCCAGCAGAGACGGACGUUCCACACCGCAGCCCCCAGGUCAAUGGAUCUGGGGAGCAGAGUCCAGCUGACGUGACCGGGGUCCCCCCUCAGAGAACCCCCACCCAGGAGCCAGACCGCACAAUGAGUAGGACCAACUCCAUGCAGCAGUUGGAGCAGUGGGUCCGCACACAAAGAGGACGCAGCCAGGAUGAUGACACCAGGAGCAUCAUGUCAUACCAGACAUUGCCCAGGAACAUGCCGAGCCACAGGGCACCUUUCAUGCCUCAUUAUAGUGAUACUUACCGCACGAUGCCCAGGAAUAGCAUGGCACAGCGUGACAGCAUCUGCAGCAUGUCCCCCUCGAUGUACGACCAGGCCCUGGGCCCUUCACCGGCUGAUAAGCGACGCUCCAUGCGAGACGACACCAUGUGGCAGCUGUAUGAGUGGCAGCAGAGGCAGGCUUACAGCAGGCAACCAGGUCUCUACGGCAACAUGCCCAGCCCUAAAACCAUGAUCAACCUGUCAGAGCAUGCUGCACCUGGCCACUCAAUCCCCCCCUCACCCUCCCAUGGUUCCCUGUCCAUGUAUGGCGGCUAUUCUCCACUCAGAUCCUACAACAUGAACAGCGCCCGCUCUGAGGUAUCUUCACCCAUUUACCGUGGCGACAUGAGCAUAGACAGGCGACACAGGCCUCACCCUACCAAGUAUGCCUACCCACCUGACAGGAGGUCUAUGCCUGCAGGGAUUCCUGUCCAGACUAUCACUGUCCAGUCUCUACAAGGCAAAACGCCGGAGGAGCUGACUCUGCUGCUGAUAAAGCUGCGGCGGCAGCAGGCAGAGCUAAACAGUAUCCGGGAGCACACUGUAGCACAACUUAUGCAACUCAACAUCGAUGACGACAACCCAAAGAACGACAUUCUGUCCCAUCACCUCCAAAGGAACCUCAUGUAUUUGGACAACCAGAUGAAGGAAAAUGAUCCAUUAAUCGUCAUGACUCACACUUUGAUUGAGAACUCUGCCCCAAGGCCUCAACUUUACCAGCAAUUAAGUCCAGAGGACUACAGAGAACAUGCCUACAUGUUCAGACCGGAAGAGGUGGACAUUGAUACCAAACUUAGCAGGUUGUGUGAGCAGGACAAGGUUGUGCGGACACAGGAGGACAAACUCCAGCAGCUGCACAGAGAAAAGCACACCCUUGAGACGGCCCUGCUAUCAGCCAGUCAGGAGAUAGAGAUGGGCUCUGAUAACCCGGCUGCCAUGCAGAGUGUCAUCCAGCAGAGAGAUGUACUGCAGAGUGGCCUCCUCAGCACCUGCAGAGAGCUCAGCAGAGUUGCUGCUGAGUUAGAGCGGUCAUGGAGUGAGUAUGACAAGCUGGAAGGAGAUGUGACUCUGGCCAAGAACAACCUGCUGGAGCAGCUAGAAGCCCUGGGAAGCCCUCAGACGGAGCCUCCCAGUCAGCAGCAUGUCCACAUCCAAAAAGAGCUGUGGAGGAUCCAGGAUGUGAUGGAGGCCCUUAGUAAACACAAAGCCCAAAGGAAUGCUUUUGAUGGUACGAGCUUCUAUGGAUCCAGGUCCUUCUCCAACAAGCACAAGAAUGAGGAGGAGGACUUGGUGCCCCCACGGCCACCCCUACCUCAGUCUUAUGAGCCUAACCCCCCAACCGUGCCCCCACUGCCCCUCCAUGCUGGCGUGCGCCCUUCAACACUCCACAGGCCAGACGACAGAAAGGCAAAUCAAAGGAAUGGCGCACACAGUGGCCCAGACUAUAGGCUGUAUAAAAGUGAACCAGAACUCACCACUGUUGCCGAAGUGGAUGAGGGCAACGGCGAGGACAGAUCUGAAUACACUUCUGAGAGAGACCCCUCCGGAAACAAAGGUAUGUCCCACCCAGUGGGCAUCGUCCCACCCAGGACCAAGUCCCCGAUGCCUGAGUCCUCUUCCAUAGCUUCAUAUGUUACCCUCAGGAAGGGCAGGAAGCCUGACCCCAGAAUGGAGCGUCCACGCAGCGCAGUGGAACAGCAGCUGUGUGCUGCGGAGAGCAGUCGACCCAGGAUGAGCGUGGAGGAGCAGCUGGAGAGGAUCCGCCGCCACCAGCAGGGAGCGCUCAGGGAGAAGAAGAAAUGCCUUAACAUCUUGGGCAGCAGCCAGGACAGCACACCCUCCCGCAGCCCCUCGUUCACUAAAGAAAACCCCUUCCGCAGUAUGCAGUCCCAAAUGAGGCGCAGAGAUGAGUUGAUGAGCAGUGACAUCCAGGAGCUGGAGGCCUCUCUGAGGCAGCAGGAGGUGGUGAGGGAGCAGGAGACGCCAGCCGAAGAGAUUGCCCGACUCAAAGAAGCUUCGCAGGAAGACCACUUCAAUAUGGACCGAGAGCUGUCUGUGCCUGACAAAGUGCUGAUUCCUGAGCGUUACGUGGAGUCAGACCCCGAGGAGAUGCUGAGCCCUGAGCAGGAGGCUGACAAGCAGAGGAAAGUGGACCGCAUCAAAGCCCUCAUAGCCAAAAACAGUAUGCAGAAUGUGCUUCCUAGUGUGGCUCUAAGCCCAGAGGAGGAGGCAGAGGAGGAGGCAACAGUACAAGAGAAGGAGAAGAUGAUUAAUAUCUCAUAUGAGCUGGCAGCAGAGGCCUCCAAACGCAGCAAGCUGGUAGCAGUGAAAAGCCUGUCGUCCUCAUCCCCACCCCAUCCACAAUCUCCUAACACCCCCCAUCAGCUCACUGACGGGUCUCACUUCAUGUGUGUGUAGUAGCACCACCCAGGCUCUGGCCUCAGUGAAAACCUACACAUGAAGGAAACAACAGUGGAGGUAUAACGAUGCCAAGCAGCCAUGAAGAUUUCCCCCAAGGACAUCAGCACAAAGCCAAGGCAUACAGAGAGACCAACCAGACCGCGCUGUGGGGCCUUACCUCCGCCUUCUGUAUGCCUCACUGUGACGUCUUAUGCUCCUGUGUCACCAAGGACAAUUCCUUUGUCACUUUCCCCCUGGUUCGCCGCCCUCUGGGACACCUCACUCUUACCAUUCAAAUUAGUGAAACUGUCAGGUACGCUAGGUUGGUAUAGAAAACACAAUCAAUUACGCUACGUUUAGGUACACCUCACCCACUGUGGGACACCUUACUCUUAUCAUUCUCCUCAACUUGGCAGCAGAGAGACAAGACGGCUUUGAUACUGUUGUCAUUGCAGUUCUGUUUUCAUGAUUUACAAGGUUUUUAAGUUCAUUUUCAUUAUUUAUAAGGUUUUUAAGUUGUGUGUGUGUGUGUGUGUGUGUGUGUGUGUGUGUGUGUGCGUGCGUGUGCGUGUGCGCGCACACGUAUGUGUGUGUAUGUGUGUGAGAGUUUAUGGACUGAACUCAAAUGUGCGCUACAGGCCUGUACAUAUGAUCCUCUGAUGUUUCCUUUGUCAUUGUAACAGGUCAUGCCAAAUGUUCUGUUCAUAUUUCAAUGCCUAUUCAAUAAGGUUUUAACAUGUUUUUACAUAAUUUCAGUUCAGCUGAAUCCUUUGUUAUUCACUAAUUAAUUCAAGUUCAGUUUCUUUCAGACAUCAGUCAUUAGCAUCACCCGAAUUCAUACUUAGCCAUUUACUCUAAAUAACAUUUGUUUAAGGGAAAGAUGAGAGUAUAUGCAUUAUAAUUCAUUUAUAAUACAAGGAGGUGCCACUUUAUUGCUGCAGAUUAAUAAGUUUUGUAAGUUUUCUUUUUUUUGAGUUGUAAUUAUUUAAACAUCAAAUCCUCUGCAGUCCCCUGUCGCAUUGUUGCCGACACACAUGUGAAUGUUUGGCUUAAGACAUGCUAUACUAUUUUUUUCUAUUUCUGAGAGAUAUAUUUAAACUGAACGGACUUUUUCAGGGUUUGAUUCUCUUUUAUGACUUGUUGGUUCAAGGUCCUGGAACUGAUAAAAGGAAUAGCACAUGUAAAAAGCAAUAAGGAAAUUUGUGGAUCCAGGAUGAAUAGUUUUUUUUUGUGUGUGCGUGUGUGUACAAAAUGUAAUUACCAGAGGUUCAUUGUGUAUAUAUUUUACAUGGUAUACAGCAGGAUGGGAGCAUGUAUCCAAUAUAUGGCUACAUAGUAGACUUGAUAUGCAAAUGUUCAUAUCCCAUCUGUUUUCUAUCAUGUUAAAUAAAUGUUGCUGUUCUU